AAAAUGAUUUAAGACAUUUCUUUUUACGACCUUUUAGUACUUUUUACCAUCACUUGGGGGCUUUCCCGCUGAUUACCGGCUCAAAGACGUGACGGCGGAGUUCGAAAUUCAAUUCCCGACCACCUUGAAAUGGCGGAACUGAGGCGGAGAGCGGCGGCGGAUAUGGAAACAACGAUUGAUUUAAUCGGCGACGACCUUCUCCACAACAUCCUCUCUCGUCUUCCAGCCUUAGCCUGUGCAAACGCCGCUUGUGUUAGCCGCUCAUGGAACCUCAUUAUCACUACCCUACUCUCUUCCCCUAACCUCUCGUCUGCUCUCUCUCUCAAUCCUUCUCUCCAGGAUGCUGUAAAUGAGGCUUUUGACAAGGUUUUAUCGAGACCUAUUCGACCUCAGUUCGUCAGUGCUUCCAUUGGUCCUUCUUUUAGUUUGCAGCAAGCUCACCAGCUGAUAACUGGAAAAUUAGGGUCCAGAAUUCCAACAGUUACUCUGGUAUCUCAAGGAAUUUUCGGUCGCAAUGCUGUUAGUGAUGAAUUUGAAGAGGUUCAAUGGGAAUUUAUUGAGAAUGACGAGGCACGACUUAAUCAUGGGAAUGAGAACUGGGGAGUUCUAUUAACAGUUGGUUUCUUGCCAGGAUUGAAAGUCAGUUUGAUCCCAUUGUUAUCGAAAACUCAGGGAACUCAAGCACUCAUGAUUGAUGAACUUGUGCUAAAUAUCAGGGAAUGUUCAUCCUCUGUUUCUGGUUUUGCAUCACCGGUGGCUAUUCUGUUAUUUUCUGAUCAGGAAACUGACAUGAAACCUGUUCUUCAAAAGUUGGAUUAUGCUUUUUGCCCGGAGACUGUCAUUGUGGGUGAAGGAGGUUCACAGUUCUUAUACCAAGGGGAAACCGCAUCAAACCAUUUUAAUGAAGAAGAAUACAGCUCCGCUGCUGUUGCUCUUUCCUUUCUCAGGGAUAGUGGCAAUCCUCCUGAUGUAGGGGAAACUCAAUUUCAUGUAGUGCUAUCACCUGGCAUUUCCCAAAUUGGGCCUACUUACAAGGCUGUUGCGGUCAAGGAGAGACCUAGAGACUAUUCUACUUGGCUCACGGCGAAAAGAGAGGAACAAUUUGAAAAUCUUGAUGGUCUGACUAUGUUAGACCAGAUCUAUGAUGAGUUUGGAGGUGAUCUUUAUUGUUCUGCUCUCUAUGUUGGAGUUUCUAAACGAAGAAAGUGCUCUAUUGGGAUGGAAAAAGGAAGUUGGAUAUAUUUGCGGGAGUUCCAUGAGGUUUUAAGAGGGGAUGAGGAGUAUCUGUAUGUUCAUGGUGGUGGAAUCAGAAGUGGAGACUCCUUCCAAUUCUACCUUGCGAAUGCUAAUGUAGCACGUGAUUCUUGCAACAAUGCAUCCAACAACUUAAGAUGUUUGAAGCGAGAUGGUCAUACUACUAGUGACAAUGUAAAUAGUAAGAAGAAGUCAGUUUUUGGUUGUAUUAUGUUCUCUUGCUGUGGUCGUGGCGAGUAUUUUGUUCAACCUGACGUUGAUUGCUCACCUUUCAUGGAGAACUUCCCUGGGAUUACUUUUUCUGGAACUUUUUCUGCUGCAGAGAUUGCACGUGGAGAUUUAAGCUUGUAUGGUCCGGUGUCUGAAGAAAACAGCUCUCUACGCUGCUGUUCGCACGUGUAUAGCACUGUCUACCUGGUUAUGUCAUACACCCCUGCAUCGCCAUCGACAUUAUAGGUGCUGGCAGUAUUAUUAUUUACAUCUGUAGUUGCUACAGAUCAUGUUGCCAUUGGUAUGAUAUGAUAGCACUAUGGUUUACUUCAACAAAGCCAUUGGAGCCUGUUCUACUGCCAAAUUGGCCUUUUAUUUAGUGAAAUCCUUUUGUUUUCA